UAUUCAAUUAUAUCUUAAUAAUGCUACAUUAAAAUUUAUUAAAUAUAUAUUUGGACACUGUCGCGUGCGCACUAUUGCGAUGCUUUUCGAGUUUUUCGUCAAUUGUAUUUUCUGAAGGGGUAAGAUUUCCGAACGCAUUUCUAUAGGGCUGCGUUCGGAAAUAUCACCCGUGUGCACACAAGCGUCGUUCUAUCUUUGUUUAACUUUUGGUACAUAACAAAGAUAGAACUGGUGUGCACACGGAUGAUGUUUGCGAACGCAGCCUAGAUGUACUAUCCUGUAAACAGAUUUGUAGAAUCACGCAUGCGUGAGAAAUAUUGUAGUUAGUAGUGCGCCGAAGAUGAAUUUGACGUUUCUCUCUUGAUGAGAAGCAAAUUUGUUGUAUAAUUUUAUUUUAUUUCGCAGAGGUGUGUAAAAGUCAUGGCGCUCAGUCUUACAAUGACAUCAAAAUUAAAGAACAGAGAUUAUGCAAAUAAAAUCAGACAUGGUUCGCCCAAGUUACAGGAGACGUUGCGAGAGAAGUGCCGUCAGAGAAUGCGAGAAAAGCGGGAUCAAUUAUUCAAUAGGCGUAGAUUUGGUUUGCAACUCGAUUCUAUACAUAUGCAGGAUACAUUGACAGAACUAAUGCGUCAAGAAUUUAAGAAUUUGGCAACAUCACAUGAUGGUGGUGCAAGUCUUAUAUUCAAAGAGAUUGACGAACCCUUAAGUCAAGAAGAGGCGAUUGAAUUGGAAAAUAAAAUUGUUCAUGAAGAAGAAGAAUGGAUACUUCAAGAAUAUGAUAAAUUUUUACAUGACGAGAUUGAAUCUUAUAUAAUGUAUGCUGAUAGCAAUGAGAGGGAAGUGUUCUGCCCUAUAUGUCAGAAAGCCAUAUUAGAAGAAAAAAGUAAUGGUGUAAAUUGUGCAGCUUGUGGACUAAAAUUAAUUGGUCGUACCAUGCAAGAAGUGAAACAUUUGAUUAAUGAGACUAUAAAAAUGCAUACAUUCAACUGUGUCAAAGUGCCAACAUUCAUAAUAAUACCUGACAAUCGUAAUCUCGAUUUAUAUUUGGUAUGUCAUGAUUGUUCUACUUUAGCAUUAAUUUGUUAAUUAUUUAAGAUUAAUUACCAGUAUUAAUUUUUAAAAGUAAAAGCACAAUUGCUGGACAAUACUUAUUCAAGAACAUUAAAUACUGAUACAUCAAUAUGUUUAAAGACUAACAAUUGUAAAUUAUAAUUUGCUUCACUUGUAAUACUAAUCAUAAUUUUUCUGACGUUGGUUAUAAGAAAUUCCUAAAUGUUAAUUAAAUUUACAUUUGCAUUAUUACAUUUUAUAUAUUUUUGUUAAAAUUAGAAAUAAAGAUCAAUUGUCAAAUUAUAUCAGAUAGUAACAUGAAAGUUUUCAAAUCAAUUAUUUUUAAUGACUGAUUCAGGAGUAUGUUUCAAUGGCCGUAUAUGUAUAUAUAAGAUGUUUAUUAUUUAUAACAGUUAAGAGAUGAAUGUGAUACAAAGAGAGGUAUAGAAAAAAUGAAAUACAAUAGUUCAGAUUUCUUCAUGUUGUUAUAAUAUUGAAAUAAUAACAUGUGAAUCUUUAUGAUACAUAUUGUACAAAAGAACAUCCCUUUUCGACGAGUUCACUUAUAUUAUUUAUCACUUAUCAUGUACAUACACAAUGUGAGUGUGAGUGUGAGUGAGAGAGAGUGUGUGUGUGUGUGUCUGUGUGAGAGAACUUCUACAUAUUGUUUUGUAAAAAAAAAAGGAAAAAAAAGAAUUAUCCUGUACAAUCUAAAAUAAAACGGCAAACGAAAGUCACAAUAAAAUGUCAAAUUAAAGAAUUUAGCUUUCAAACUAUUAACAGUUUUGUUUGCAUACCUGGAAUUAUAAAUUUCAUUAUAUACAUUUUACAUUAACAAAAAAGAUAUAAUAUGCAGAGGUCUCCUUUGUAGCUUAAACUAUAUUCGGUACUCAAACUUUUUGCAAGUGAUUUGUACAUCAUUAUGAAUUUUCAUAAUAAAGAUCUCAU